ACCCUCGUAUUUGCGCCCCACAAAUAUUAGCGACCAUCAGGUGGCGCAAAGGAAUAGACGAGACGAAUUCUGAAAGAAUUAAGAGGUUUAUUUAUUUACAGCAUAAACGAGCAUCCCCGCAGGAGAAUGUAAACGCGUCCAGUCCAUCCUCCUCCUCCUCCUCCUCCUCACCACCAUCAUCAUCAUCAUCAGUCCAGAGAGACCCUCGCUUAUUAUUAAAGCUCAAGUUCGCUUCCCUCAUCAUCAGCUGGACUUAAUGAGUGUGUCAGUGAUUAAAGAGCCUGUGUGCUGCUGAUGAACUGUGCUGGAUUCUGCCUCUUCACCGCUCUGCCCUUAAAAUGGAGUUUGUGGAGAGGAAGCGGAGCAGGAAAUCGCAGAGCUUUAAACUGGUGAAGGAUGCAGAUUUUAGCCAUGAAAUGGAUGAUGUAGACCAGAAUGACACUGAAGGAGAUGCCCUGGAUGCUUCUGAGACUGAAGUCUGGUUAGGUGAUGAAGGGAUGGAGAUAAAGAAGCAGAUAACAGGCAUGAUGCGCUUGCUGAGUGACAAGACAGGACGAGUGUACCAGCGGGUUGGACGAGAGGGUGAGACCCUCAAACAGGAGCCUCAGGAGGAGGCUCUCAGCCUGCCUGUGGCUCAGAGCCCGGCCCCUGAACAUCUCCAGUACGGCUGGAGCUCAGUCCUGAUGACUCACGGGCAGUACGGCACCCGCUCCAAAACCCAGAGGAUGCUCAAUCACUCGAAAGCUAAUGACAUGGCCUUGCCCCCUGCACCUGCUGCCAUGGCAACUGAGCCCAGCUGCUGUAUGUGCAACUGCAAAAGCACCCUGCAGGCCAUUCUGCUGGAGUUACGUACCAUGAGGAAACUAUUCCAAAGUCAGAGAGGAUGCCAGGACAAACAGGGCUCCCAGGUCUCACUCUCGUCCCGAACCUCCAUCUCCAAGAGGAGGAGCCGAAAGAGGAGGCCGGGUCACAGAGUUACAGUUCUGACCACACCCACUAAAAGAAUCACAUCUCUGUCGCCACCCGCUGAGACCGAUGCUGUUAAUGAGUGCAAUCAGUCAAGAGAGGACACACCCCCAACAGUGACAUCAUUUAUCCCAGAUCCCAUUCCCAGUGCCAAGACUCCUUCCUCUCACUACAGCGUCACCAGAGGCCAAAGCACCACAGAGCCGGAGGUGCAGUUGGCCGAGGAUUAUGACAUAUUUAUUCCUAAAGCACAGUUGGACUCUAUCUUACUGAACUACACUCGCUCUGGCAGCCUGCUCUUCAGGAAACUGGUGUGUGCGUUCUUUGACGAUACCACACUGGCAAACUCACUGCCCAACGGCAAGAGAAAGAGAGGUCUGAACGACACCAGGAAAGGACUCGAUCAAAACAUAGUCGGAGCCAUUAAAGUGUUCACAGAAAAGUAUUGCACAGCCAAUGGAAUUGAGAAGCUUCCUGGUCCCAGAGACUGGGUCCAGAUUCUGCAAGACCAGAUUAAACUUGCGCGUCGACGCUUAAAAAGAGAGACCGCCUCAGACAGUAAUGAUAUUCAGCACAAAACAGAGAAAUGUCAGCAAACUGUUGAUAAAGUGGAAACUGUGACGCAAAAUGGUGCUGCUUAUGAGAGAACAGAAUGUCUAGUGGCUAUGGGCACUGCCUGAGAAGAGAUUGUUUUCAACAAAACGCAACCUCCGACCCCCGCAAAGGAGUCAUUUUUAAUUGUUUUGUCCGUCUAGACCAGUGUUUCUCAACCCUGGUCCUGAGUGCU